UACAAACACGCAAGGGGCCGAAGGGCAAAGUCCUACAGAGGUGGCCGUGGGAGGGUGGAGGCAGGGGUCCCGAGGCUGCCAGGGACCCUUACUCUUCCUCGUCUUCGCCCGAAAAAGAGGACACACGAGGGAUACCGUGCCGAACGAAACAACCCCCGCGGCUCUGCCCCACCGCCGGCCCCGCCGCCUCCACGUUUCCGCCGCGCCACGGGCACUGCGCAGGCCCGGCGCCGCCGCUCGCAUGGAGGAGGAGGAGGAUGAGGAUAGCGGAGGCCGGAGGGCCGCGGGGAGCCCGGCCGCGUCCGCCCGCUUCGUGCGGUGCCUCUACGCGGUGGGAUUCCUGGACUUAUUUGGGGUGAGCAUGGUUGUUCCUUUAAUGAAUCUUCAUAUCAAAUCUCUAGGAGCAAGUCAUACAGUUGCUGGAAUCAUAGGAUCUCUCUAUGGUGUAAUGCAGCUAUUUUCCAGCACAUUUGUGGGCUGCUGGAGUGAUAUAGUAGGAAAACGGUAUUCCCUGCUUGCUUGUAUUCUUCUCAGUGCACUAGGUUACUUCCUUCUUGGAGCAUCCACCACAGUGUUCCUGUUCGCCAUUUCUAGAGUCCCUGUAGGUAUUUUCAAACACACACUUUCCAUCUCUAAAGCCCUGCUGUCCGACCUGGUGUUGGAGAGAGAUCGCCCUUUAGUAAUGGGGCGCUUCAAUGCAGCCUCCAGCGUGGGCUUCAUUCUGGGACCUGUUGUUGGUGGCUACCUUGCAGAGUUCGAAGGUGGCUUUUACCAAACAUCCUUCAUCUGUGCCUCUAUCUUCCUUCUGAAUGGUGGUCUUGUCUGGAUGUUACCCUGGAGUGAAGAAAACACUGGCAAUAGGGAGCAUUACCAAGACAAAGGAACAAACAGUUUCUCAGCAAAAUUAAAUCAUGACGUGCACUUGAAAUCAGCAACUAGUAGAGCUGUGACAAACAGUAGUUUUUUCCAGUCUCCAUGGAUCCAAGUUGCAACAGUGCUGAAGAAGAUCAAAGGAAUUGCGUGCUCUAAUUUGUGGGAUAUAUUUUUAGUGCGGUUCCUGAUGUCUGUUGCUAUUCUGCUGUACUAUAGUAAUUUUACUCUGGCCUUGGAGGAGAGAUUUGGGGUGAAACCCUUGUUUGCUGGAUACCUGAUGAGCUAUAGCAGUGUGCUUGGAGUCCUGGCUGGUUGUCUGCUCGGACCAAUAACAAAACUCUAUGGGCACAACACUUACAGACUUCUGUUGCACUCCAGCACUUUCACCUGUGUGCUGAUUCUCCUGUAUGCGUCAGCGCUGAGCAUAUGGAUGGUCAUUUUGUCCUCCACGUUCUUGGCCUUCUCCACUACUAUAGGCCGUACCUGUAUCAUUGAUCUGGAACUGACUGUUGGUGGGAAUGAGGCCAGUGGUACACUCCUAGGUGUUGGACAGUCUGUGACAUCGGUGGGACGAAUUAUUGCUCCACUUCUUUCUGGAAUUGCUCAGGAGUUCAGUCCUUGUGGCCCUCCGAGUCUAGCCGUGGGACUAGCAUUAGUUGCUAUUGUGAUAAUGAAUGCAAACAAACAAAAAUACUGUAGUCAUGGAAGUGUGAAGUUAAAAAAUCAGUAGUCCCAAUACUGGAUUGCACAGAUGUAUCUUCACCUGCCAGGCUUGUACAGUAAUUGCAUGAUUUUUAAAGGGAACACAUUGUGUUCACAUGGAAGCAAGUACAUACACAUAUUUCUGCUGCAGGGAUGUUAACUCUAGACAGACAUUAUUCUAACUGGUACCACUGGGACAUUUCUAAGAGGGGCAGAUGUUGCUAUAUUGUAGUGGUUGUGAUUUUUUUAAAUGGAUUUUUAACCGUUUUGGAAGGGAAAAAAUGGCAGUAAACGCACAAAUCCUGCUUGUGACUAAUUUUUGAAACAGUGUUUAGAUUGAAAGAUUGUUUAAAAAAGCUGAAUCAAAGGUGAAUUUUUGUUAUUUAAUCAGGCGAUUUUGCAAUAUGUUUGGCCUUAAUUUCUUAUGCUGUGGUCUGUUUCCCUUUGUCUGUUGUGACAGUAGCCUAUAUAACAGGGUGUUUGCUUAUGUGAUUUUUGUGUAGCCUAUUUUGUCCACAAAGCUUUCUGCAGACCAAGAUUAGGCACUUUGGGGUAAUCAGGCAACCUCUGCUGAUUCCUGGUCUUUCCCAAGUAACAGAAUUGGGUAUAUGCUAACUUCAUGUACUAGAAGACCUAAUUUUAGAGUAAUACAAGGCCAUUCAUACUGAAACUGAGGCUGAAUUUAAGUUUUAUUGAAAUUUGAACUGGUGGCUUCUGUUUAGUAAUAACUUCUACUGAGCAACUUUGUCAUAAAUUAUUUGUUUAUAUUUCCUGUGCCAUUUUUCUACCUUCAUUUUAAGAAUAGAUUUCCUUUUUAAUUCUCUCAAAUGACUGUAAAGGUGUGCUGGAGCAACUAGCCGUAGUUCAUGGAUCUGGAUUAAUGCAUCCUGUCUCAUCUCAGGCAUAAGUGACAUUUCAGUGACAAGAGAAAAAUGGUGCUGUUGAUAUUUUAGUCUUCAUUUGUGUGCACGGCUUAACUGUAGAGAGGUUACUCUCAGAGCUGUACAGAGAGUUGUGGCACUCCUGUGCUAUUUACUGUUCAAGCUCAUUACUUGCCAGUCACCACUGUUUGUAUUUCAUAUGAAACAUGGAAAAAAUGUAUUUUGCGCUGA